AUGCCCGAAGCACGUGACCGCCGCGUCACGCCGCUCGACGUGGCCGACAUUUUCACUCCCCUUGGAUCCUCCAUCUUUCAAGACUCCAACCCGCUCACUCUCCCAGCUGCUCCAUCAUUCACCGCCGGACCAGAUCUGUUCGUUGCUCAACGAACUCCCAUCGUCCGUGGAGUUUCGCGUGUGCGUCCUCACCACGCUCCGGGCAUCCAAAACACUCCACCAGUCACCAAUCACCGUGGUAGAACUCGUGGUAGUUCAUCGCGUAGUGUUCUUCCUUCUUGGUAUCCGAGAACUCCGCUUCGCGAUAUCACUGCCGUUGUUCGAGCGAUUGAGAGAAGGAGGGGUAGAAUCGGAAAUGAGGAAUUUCAGCAAACUGGAACGACACCGUUUUCUGCGACUCCGUUGGUGGUUUUCUCCGAUCCUUCUUCGUUUUCUGCUUCUGGUUCACGUGCCUCCAAGAAUUCUCCAAACUCGUGUGCGAAACUAAGAACACCUCAGGGUAGCAAAGUUUCGAAGAUUCUCAUUGACGUUAUGAAACUUCCUCAAGAAGAUGGAGAAUCAGAGUUUCUUACUCCUGAGAAGAAGCUUCUGAAAUCUAUUGAUAAAGUUGAGAUGGAAGUGAAACAAGAAUUAAUGAAACUGAAAAGAACGCCGAGUGCUAAGAAAGCCGAAAGAGAGAAAAGAGUUCGCACAUUGAUGUCCAUGAGGUGA